UCGGUGGGGCUCCGGACGCGCCUGGUCUCCGGAUCGCGCCUGUCGCCGUCCCCACGCCCCGCACCGCGUUCGCCCACCGAAACGCAGCCAUGCCGCCGCGGCGCAGCAUCGUGGAGGUGAAGGUGCUGGACGUGCAGAAGCGGCGCGUACCCAACAAGCAUUACGUCUAUAUCAUCCGAGUCACAUGGUCCAGUGGCUCUACUGAGGCCAUUUACAGACGCUACAGCAAGUUCUUUGACUUGCAGAUGCAGAUGUUGGACAAGUUUCCCAUGGAGGGAGGGCAGAAGGACCCCAAACAGCGAAUUAUCCCCUUUCUGCCAGGUAAAAUCCUCUUUCGACGGAGCCAUAUCCGGGAUGUGGCAGUCAAACGCCUGAUACCGAUUGAUGAAUACUGUAAGGCCCUGAUUCAGCUGCCUCCAUAUAUUUCUCAGUGUGAUGAGGUGCUGCAGUUCUUUGAGACAAGGCCUGAGGACCUGAAUCCCCCCAAAGAAGAGCACACUGGAAAAAAGAAAUCUGGGAGUGACCUGACAUCAGUGGACCCCAUGGUCCUGGAGCAGUAUGUGGUGGUGGCAAAUUACCAGAAGCAGGAGAGCUCAGAGAUCAGCCUCAGUGUGGGACAGGUGGUGGACAUCAUCGAGAAGAAUGAGUCAGGUUGGUGGUUUGUCAGCACUGCUGAAGAGCAAGGCUGGGUCCCUGCAACCUGCCUUGAAGGGCAGGAUGGCAUGCAAGAUGAGUUCUCCCUCCAGCCUGAGGAAGAGGAGAAGUAUACAGUCAUCUACCCGUACACAGCUCGUGACCAGGAUGAAAUGAACCUGGAGAGAGGAGCCACAGUGGAGGUCAUCCAGAAAAACCUGGAAGGCUGGUGGAAGAUCAGGUUCCAGGGCAAAGAAGGAUGGGCCCCUGCAUCCUACCUAAAGAAGAGCAGUGGAGAGCCCUUGCCCCUGAAGCUGGGUCCUGUGUCUUCCAGCCACACAGGGGCCCUCGACCUGGAUGGUGUGGGGCGGCAGCAGAAUGCAAUGGGUAGGGAGAAGGAACUGAUCAACAACCAGAGGGAUGGCUGGCUUGAAGGCCGCUUGGUAUCUGAUGGUGACAUAAAGCCGAGAUCGCCAAAAAUGAGGCAGAGACCCCCUCCUCGCCGGGAUAUGACCAUUCCUCGAGGUCUCAAGCUGCCGAAGCCUCCCAUACCACCCAAGGUUGAAGAAGAGUACUACACCAUUGCUGAGUUCCAGACCACUAUCCCAGAUGGCAUCAGCUUCCAGGCUGGCCUGAAGGUUGAGGUAAUUGAGAAGAGCUUGAGUGGCUGGUGGUACAUUCAGAUGGAAGAUAAGGAAGGAUGGGCCCCAGCAACCUUCAUUGACAAGUACAAGAAGACCAGCAAUGCCUCCAGACCCAAUUUUUUGGCUCCCCUGCCCCAUGAGAUGACCCAACUUCGACUUGGGGAUGCAGCAGUGGUUGAGAAUAACACAAGCAGUGAAGCAAUGGGACCCUCCAGGCCCCUCCCUGAGGCACCACAUGGUCCUGUGGACUCUGGGAUGAUUUGGUCCAAAGAUUGGAAGGGAGGAAAGGAAGCCCCGAGAAAGGCAUCUUCAGAUAUGUCCGCAUCCGCAGGCUAUGAGGAAAUCUCAGACCCGACCCUGGAGGAAAAGCCUAGCCUCCCUCCUCGAAAAGAGUCUAUCAUCAAGUCAGAAGGAACACUGCUUGAGAGGGAGCGGCAGAGAAUGGAGCAGCACUGGUCUUCUUCACCCAAGCCUCCUGGCACGAUUUUGCCAAUGAUUCCAGCCAAGCACAGCCCUCCAGCCCGGGAGAGCAGGAAGCCAGAGCACAAACUUGACAAAAGCAAGUUAUUCCAACUGAAAAAUGACAUGGGGCUGGAGUGUGGCCACAAGGUUUUGGCUAAGGAAGUAAAGAAGCCCAACCUCCGGCCUGUCCCCAAAUCCAAGGCUGAGCCACCCGAGGAAAAGCCAGGAGCUGCCCCCCAAAACCCAUUCCUGAAGUCCAGACCUCAGGUUAGGCCUAAGCCAUCUCCUUCCCCAAGGACAGAGCCAGCUCAGGGUGAAGACCAAGUGGAUAUCUGCAACCUCAGGAGUAAGCUCAGGCCUGCCAAGUCCCCAGAGAAAUCCUUGCUGGAUGGGGAGAACCACCAGGCUUCUGGGGGCCAAGAUGUGGCCUUGAGCCAAAGCUUCCUCCCCAGGGAGGGACCUGCACAAGCCCAGGACAGGCCUGGGAGGCAGGAGGGGCUCAGCCCAAAAGAGAUGUCUUGCAGAGCCCCUCCAAGGCCAGCCAAGAGCACAGAUCCUGGGUCCAAGAAUAUACCCACGCCUCUCCAAGAAGCUACCCAGCAAAGACCUGUGGUCCCACCCAGGAGACCACCUCCCCCCAAGAAAACAUCAUCAUCAUCCAGGCCCCCCCCAGAAGUCAGAGGGCCACAACAUGAAGGCAAUGAAAACAAGGGAGCUCCUACUCCAGGCCGUGCCCUCUUGGUUCCUCCCAAAGCCAAGCCUUUUCUCUCUAACUACUCUGUGAACCAAGAUGACAUACGAGGCAAAGGUGGGCUAGGACCACGUACAGCCAGCAAGAUGGUGGAAAACAGGGAGGGAGGAGCUGCAACCUCCUUCCAGAAAGCUGAUGGCUUGAAAGAUACUUUGUAUGUUGCUAUGGCCAACUUUGAAGGAGACGAAGAUACCAGCAGCUUCCAGGAAGGGACGGUGUUUGAAGUCCAGGAAAAGAACAGCAGCGGCUGGUGGUUUUGCCAUGUCAUCAGUGGAGCCCCUUCCUGGGAAGGCUGGAUUCCUUCCAACUACCUCAGGAAGAAGCCCUAGCCUGUCCCUUCCUGCAUGGGUCAUUCUAUCACUGCUGAUCUACCCAGCCUAUUUAACAGUCAUCAUAAUUUACCAGGCUCCGUGAAUUUCAAAGGAAGGGGUGCCCAGUAGUGCUGUGGCUUCUUCCCUCCCAUGAUGGAGUGAGUGGCUGAAAUGACAGAGGCCCUGGAAUCUGACCCCCACCACCUCAGCAACCCUAGAGACUCAAGCCACAGCUGACGAGAUGAAAAUCCACAUUGGCUUCUUGCCUUGAAAAGAAAGAUUCUUAGUCCACUCAGUGACACUGCCACCUGGCAGUGGGACAGAGACUUCUCAGGCUACUAGACCCAAACCUGGCACCCUGAGAAACCCUAGAUAAUCUCUUGUUGCUUGGAGGCAGCAUGAUAAGGGGCAGUCCCCCAAGUCCAUUGAUGCCUGGCUCCAAAGUCUCCCUGAGCCUAGAAGCCUGUGGCUUUAUUCAUUGUUUCCACAAUUCCCGGCAUAGGGAGAACUGUCCUGUAGAAGUUGACUCCAUUGCCAAUCUUCAGAAAGUGUCUUCUUCAAGUCCUUGGGGCCUUCAGCUUUGGAGGCCUCACCAGAUGCAGCUAUCCUUGAAAUGGUUCUGGAGACCAUUUCACCUCCUGUCUUCUGCCUUGGGACUAUGAUUCAUCCUAAAGAUGUAACUCCAAUCUUGAGCAUGUUUCACUUUCCUGUUGCAGACUAUCAUCCAACCAAGGGUUUUUAAAUGAGAAUUCCUGACUCCUUUUUGGGGCUUCUCAUUUUUACCUACCUGGAAUAAGAGUCUCCAAGCUCAUUUGAACAAGGGAGCAUUUGAAAGGCACACAACUCACAAGCACACCUUUGCUGAGUAGCUAGUUGGUGCCAAAUACUGUUCUUGGCAUUUUGCAUUCAUGGUCUAACCCUCACAACUUCCUUGUAAUAUUAUACCCAUUUUCUACUUAGGAAACCUGGGCUCAACAUGCCCCGCCCCAGAAUGCAACAAAGAGGAAGAGGAGGAAUGAGGGUUCAGGCCUCCCUGACUCCAUAGAGUCUGUGUUCAUCUUGUUCUGUGUUCAUGCUCUUUGGCAUGAGGAGCAGGUGGCCAAGUGGCUUCCUUGUUACAUGAGUGAUGGUACUCAUGGAUGCUACCUUCUCCUCCCUCCCAGCCAACCUGGACUCCCAGCUGCUUCUCCAGGGCAGAGGAUGACCCUAGUUCUACAGGCACAGAGCUCUGUUUUCUGCUUCUAUGCUAGUGUCCUCGGGGAUAGCGCAUGUGGUGCAAAGGGAGCUGAAGGUUGUCCUGUUGGCUCUGAGGGCAGCUGGCCCUCUAUAAGCUAAGCAUAGAUAGCAGCCUAUCAACAGUGGCUCUGUAAGUAGACAAGCUCCCUGCUCCUCUAACAUGCUGGGUGGUGAAACCUAGGCCAGCCACUUCACAUAUUUUCACAGAUAGGGCUAACAGGCCCCAAGAAGUCUCCCUUAGUCAACCAUGACCCAAGGUUUCUAACUCUCAGCCCCAAACUGCUUCUACCU